UGGAACGCGAUGAUGACGGGGCGACUGUGAUAGUCGCGACGAACCGGAGCCGAGUGAGACGGGCGCUGCUGCUCGCGGUGCGCGUUAAUCGGGGAGGAAAAACGGGACAGAGACGCGGACAUCGAGAACGCACAAUUUUCGUGGGGAAGAAUCAACGGAAAGAUCGACCCCGGUUCCGUCAAACGUGCGUCGUCGUACGUGAGGAGCGUGUGCGUGUGUGCGCGCGCGCGCAGAUGUGUGUGUGUGAUGCCGGUGCCCCACUCCCUGGUGCGCGACACUACUGGUCCUCCGAAACUAACCCUUUACAACACAUCCCCGACUAGGGCCGUGCACGCCGUCGUUUACGUUACUAUGUGCAUUAGCGGCGCAUAAAACGCAAGGAUGUAUGCGCUGCAGAUGCAGACUGCCUGCCAAGGUGAGGGCACUGGUGAGCCCGAUGAUCCUAGUAGCCUUCAUCAGGAACCAGCACGACCCGCUGCACAAGAUUGUAGUUCUUUUGAUAUUGUCAGAGCUACACAGUAUGGAGCAUUGGAACGAGUGACAGAAUUGGUGGAAGCUGGUGCUGAUGUGAAUCAACCGGAUUCAGAAACUGUAACAUUACUCCACUGGGCUGCCAUAAAUAAUCGAAAAGAUAUUGUUAAAUAUCUUAUUGCAAAGGGAGCUGUAGUAGAUGCAGUUGGUGGUGAAUUAGCUUCUACGCCAUUGCAUUGGGCUACAAGACAGGGUCAUCUCUCUACAGUUGUCAUACUGAUGAGAGCAGGUGCUGAUCCAACCUUGAGGGACUCUGAAGGUUUUUCAUGCAUACAUCUGGCAGCGCAAUUUGGUCACACAGCCAUUGUGGCUUAUCUGGUAGCGAAAGGUGUAAAUCCGAACAUGCCAGAUAGAAGCGCCAUGACACCUCUCAUGUGGAGUGCUUACAAAGUCAACAGUCUUUCCUUUUACAGCUUAGAUCCAACACGAUUGCUGUUGACUCUAGGUGCGUCGCACUCGCUCACCGACAACCUGCACGGUAACACAGCGCUGCAUUGGGCUAUUAUAGCGAAAAAUAACACGGCGAUAUCUAUUCUGGUGCAACACGGGGCCUCGUUAGAUUUGCCCAAUUUCCAAAAUGAGACCGCGAUGACGCUGUUAGGCCCGCAUAUUGGCGCCGCAUGGCUAGGUCACAAAAUUAGUCAGGAGAUUAAAGAGAAGCAAGGUCGCACGAGAACAUGGUGUAGAGAUAAGAGAAUCCGUUGGUAUUGCAUGGUCAGUACGCCAUUCAUAGCAUUUUAUGUGAUCGGCAUGAUUCUACAGAUCGGAUGGGAUUAUUUACUAAAACUAGGUGCCUUUAUCACCCUUUAUGUAGCGGUGUAUUUAAUGAACCAUUUCGUGUUCGACGAACGGCUGUUCCAUAUAUUACCAAUGUCGAUUUAUUUGGCAACUAAGAUGUGGAUAUAUGUUACGUGGAUAUUUUGGCUCGGAGUCCAUGCAGCAUGGUAUUUAUGGUUAUUAUUAGUUGGUGGUUCUGUUCCUCUCUGGAUAUGCUUUCUACAGUCUUGGCGAGGUGAUCCCGGAAUUAUCACAGCGACUCACGAGGAUAAAUUAAAUACGAUAAUCGAAUUGGCCGAAUCCGGUGGUUUUGAACCACAAUGGUUUUGCAGUAGCUGUUUAGUCAGAAGACCCAUGAGGUCUAAACAUUGUUCCACAUGCGACCGUUGUGUAGCGCGAUUCGAUCAUCAUUGUCCAUGGGUUAAUAAUUGCAUCGGUGCACAUAAUCACAAGUAUUUCCUUGGAUUUCUGGCGUCUUUGCUUGGAUUGUGUAUCGUUAUUUUAACCGCUAGUGUACAGUAUUGGAAAUUCGAAUGUUGGUCAAACUUGACGAACGGUCACAGUGCAGACAAUUAUUUAGUAGCGGCGGCUACCUGCGAUGCUUGGGUAAUGUGGGUGGCAGCUAACACAUCACUUCAUUCCUUUUGGGUAGGAACUCUGUUGGCGUGUCAAUGUUAUCAGAUCAUGGUCCUGGGAAUGACAACGAAUGAACGAAUGAACGCUGGUCGUUAUAAACAUUUCAAGCAGGGGAAUCCGUUCCAUCGCGGUGCUCUGCAGAACGCCGCAGAUUUUUGCAAUUUCAGCUUUUGCGGGGUGAAAGCGAAACCUAGCUCGGACUGGUUGCACAGUUUCGAUCUCAAACAAAGCAUCGAGAAGUUACCUUUGCUUGCGCAGAAAGAUAACUUUCAGUACGUUUAGAAUCUUGUAAAAGAAUAUUAAAACGAGACUGUAUUGCGCUAUCGCAGCCAUGAGAAGCUAAUUGUACACACACCCACAUAUACACCAUAUCACUUAUGCCUGACGUACUUCUUGGGCUACCAAAGAGUUGCCGCAAACACGUAAGUGACUUUCCAAUACGGCAGUAAUUACGCAUAUACA